AUGUUUACUCUGACAGAAGUGACAUUUCUCAAUGACAGCCAUGUCCGUUUCCAGACUCUAAAGCCUUGGUGGGAUGUCCUGAUGGACUUCUUCGUACUGCUGAUGCUGAUGGUUUCUCUGCUCUCAGGCACUCUGCUAAUAUCUGUUGAUCAGAUGACCUGCUUGCCGCUGAAUAACAGGCUCAAUGAAACCGUAGCAGCUAUGACCACCCCUGGAAUUGCAGCUCAUGCCACCAGUGAUGCAUUUUCUGCUGCAAACAGUGGCCGCUCAAUCAAACUUGACUACCAGCAGUAUCUGUAUAUCAGCCAUAUCUGCUAUCAGAAAGCUUUGCCCUGGUUCUCCAAGUACUUUCCUUAUCUGGCACUUGUCAACUCUCUGCUCUUGAUGGCAAGCAGCAACUUCUGGUUCAGGUAUCCUAAGACUUCAUCGAAGAUUGAACACUUCUUAUCCAUCCUCAGGAAAUGCUUUGAGUCACCUUGGACUACUAAGGCUCUCUCGGAAAUGGCCUGCCAGCAUUUCCUUGGCCUGUCCAAACCUUUCAACAUUGGAGUGUGUCAAGAACAAUUCAUUUCUCCUUCAUCCUCUCCUAUUCUAGACUGGAAGGACAGGGAGCAGGCCCGAGCACUCUUUGAAAAGAUCUGCAGAUUUAGGACACACACUGAAGGUACCAACUUGAUUUACAUGGUUUACACAGGGCAGACCAUUUUCAAAGUUGCAAAGAUCCUAACUGUACUAGGCUAUACCUCCAUCUUUGUAGGGGCCAUCUCUUUCAAGCAUAUUUGCUGUCUGGACACAGAAAACUUCACUGGCUACUCUACUUUCCUUUGUACCCACAGCUUCGCUUUCAUCCUGCAAAAGUUGAUGGCUACCUACCUAAUAUUAGUAGUCCUCUAUGGGGUGGUUGGGGCUUACCCACUUUUGUGGCUAACGUGGCAGCCACUGCAGAAGUAUUCCUUUAAGCAAGUGCAAGAGAAGAGGGGCAUUUGUAACAUUCCAGAUGUGUACAAUGACUUUGCUUUCUUGCUGCACAUGGCUGAUCAGUGUAACCAACUGUAUUCGUGGCGGUUUACCAUUUUCCUUUCUGCUAUGAGUGAGAGUGGACUGCUGAAUCUUAGCCUUGAUCAUGAGCUGCUGCAGCAUGCAUAG